GGUGGGUGGUGCUCGCACCGCCCCCACCUUCCCCUGGGGCCGUGGAGAACCGCGCGCUGGGCUUGUGUGUGUGCGCGCGCACGGGUUUCGUGGGGGAAAUCUUCGCUGGAAGCUGCUGAGUCGCUGGCGGAGAGUAUCCUGAAGCCCACCAAAAACCUCCAAAGCACUAGAGCAUCCCUAAAGAAAAACAGAGUAAAAGAAAAACAAGAAGGGAAAGCCGUUUCCCGAAGGCCUGGUUUUCCAAGUCUCGGAUCCUCCCAGAGCUGAGUAAAGGCGCAGUUGGUAGCAACCGCUGCUGGAACCAGUGGACUUAGAAAGACGUUUUUUUCCCCUUUCGGGAGGAGGGAGUGAGGGACUUGCAGGCAAGAGUUGCACCUGGUUUAGGAACCUGCAGAGAGGAGAACUCUGGGCAGGAGGAGAACGUCCCUGAGCGGAGAAGCCACCCUCUGACCAUGCCCCGGUGAGGGGCGCGGACUUCGAGAGCAACUUGUCGCGGACUGCCUGGGUUUAGCCAGAGAGCUAAGAGCUGCCGGGAGCCCGGAACUGCACGGCGCGGCCCGGCGGGGGGCUAUCGUCUAUGUCUUCUUGGGGCGCCUGGCGGAUCGGGGUCUCGUUUUUGCAGGAAGAGCCCAGCGCUGGUGGCUUCAGGUGGCUGCCGCUGCCGCUGCUAGUGCUGUUUCCACCACUGGUGCGAGGAGCAGAGACGCGCGAGUGGGGAGACCUCCGAGACAGCGAGGCAUCGGACAUGUGUCAGCACAUCUGGGGCGCACAUCCGUCGAGCCUGAGGGGAGAUUUGCUGGAACAAUUCAAACUGCGAUAUUGAUCUUGGGGGUGACUGUCCCUGGCCGGCUGUCGGGUGGGAGUGCGAGUGUGCGCUCGCUCGGGAGUGUGUGUGUGUGUAUGUGUGCCGUGUCGGGCACCCCCCUUCCCCCCCUGUUUUCCCGUCGAGUGAUGCACUUGGAAUGAGAAUCAGAGGAUGGAAAUAGUCUGGGAGGUGCUUUUUCUUCUUCAAGCCAAUUUCAUCGUCUGCAUAUCAGCUCAACAGAAUUCACCAAAAAUCCAUGAAGGCUGGUGGGCAUACAAGGAGGUGGUCCAGGGAAGCUUUGUUCCAGUUCCUUCUUUCUGGGGAUUGGUGAAUUCAGCUUGGAAUCUCUGCUCUGUGGGGAAACGGCAGUCACCAGUCAACAUAGAGACCAGUCACAUGAUCUUCGACCCCUUCCUGACGCCCCUUCGCAUCAACACUGGCGGCAGGAAGGUCAGUGGGACUAUGUACAACACUGGAAGACAUGUGUCCCUCCGCCUGGACAAGGAGCACUUGGUCAACAUAUCAGGAGGUCCCAUGACGUACAGCCAUCGGCUGGAGGAGAUCCGGCUACACUUUGGGAGUGAGGACAGCCAAGGGUCGGAGCACCUCCUCAAUGGACAGGCCUUCUCUGGGGAGGUGCAGCUUAUCCACUAUAACCAUGAGUUAUAUACAAAUGUCACAGAAGCUGCAAAGAGUCCAAAUGGAUUGGUGGUAGUUUCUAUAUUUAUAAAAGUUUCUGAUUCAUCAAACCCAUUUCUUAAUCGAAUGCUCAACAGAGAUACCAUCACAAGAAUAACAUAUAAAAAUGAUGCAUACUUACUACAGGGACUUAAUAUAGAGGAACUAUAUCCAGAGACCUCCAGUUUCAUUACUUAUGAUGGGUCGAUGACCAUCCCUCCCUGCUAUGAGACAGCAAGUUGGAUAAUAAUGAACAAGCCUGUCUAUAUAACCAGGAUGCAGAUGCAUUCCUUACGCCUACUCAGCCAGAAUCAGCCAUCUCAGAUCUUUCUGAGCAUGAGUGACAACUUCAGGCCUGUGCAGCCACUCAACAACCGCUGCAUCCGCACCAAUAUCAACUUCAGUUUACAGGGGAAGGACUGUCCGAACAACCGAGCCCAGAAGCUUCAGUAUAGAGUAAACGAAUGGCUUCUCAAGUAGGGAACUAAGCCAAGAAGAAUCCCACCUCAGUGAAACGCUACGACUGUGAAUUGGCGUAACCCAGAAUGUCCCCCUUCUUUCUUCCUUCCCCCAAGCCUCAUUCACUCUUUGGAUUGGCCCCUUCUUCAUGAAUAUGGUCUGCAAAAAACAUGGCAGAGGAAAGCAUCUCUUACACACACCCCUACACGCACACACACACACAAGUGCUCACACACACACACACACAUAUAAUGAGUAAUGAGGAGACAUUUUCAGAAACAAAAGCCUCCUUCCUAAGAGGUUUAGAAGAUAAUAACCAGUUAACCCGAUUACAAUUUUGAUACCAUUUUCCUGAAUUGAUACAUCUACCCGACGAGACUUUUCAGCCUUUGUACAUACAAGAUUCUUCCAGAAGAGACAGAGAGGAGAAAACAGUUCUGAACACAUCAACCAAACAUUGCUUCCAGUCCUCUCCAACAGUGUCCUAGGAUCCUCUGAGGAUGCUGGUGACAGUGAACCAGGACAAAGCUGAGCAAGGACACUUUAUUUCUAGAUAACGAUUCUUCUGUUUACUCAACGAUUUAAAAAAAAAGAAAUUUAAAAAAGGACAGACACUGAAGAGCUACACACUGUAUAUAUAUAUAUAUAUAUCACUGCAGACUAUAAAGAAAUGGAAUUAUUUCCCCUCUUUGUCACAUAUCUGUAGUAGGAUUUGCCAAGAUCAGAACUGAUCCAUUUGCUGUUUCUUGUUUUCCAAAGGUCAUACAUUGUGUUUGGUUAUUGUUAACAGCUCAAUAAAUGUGUUGAACGAGUUAAUUUCACUUUUUUUUUCUGGCUCGGGUCUGUUCUCCUUCCCGGCAGGCUGAGCCCUGGCUCCCCUCAGCUGCAUUCUUUGGUUUCCCUUCUCCUUCAUCUACAUGUCCGUUCAUCUGCAGCCAGUUUUACUGGGUUUGUGGCAAUCAGGAAUGCAUUUGCUAAGCAAGUAUAACUUUAACUCCACUCCAUGGCGCCAUCCUUCAUACAAGGUGAGCUUCAGCCUGACGUUGCAGGCGACCGAUUUCUCGCGUUUCAAAAAACUGCCAUCCCCUCCCCUGUGAUGCUCCCGUGAAGGAAUGCACUUUGCCUUGUAAAUUCCCGGGAAAGGGGUGUCUUUCUCUCCAGGUGCAGCCGGAUCUCACAAAGUACAAACGAAUGCCUUUCUUUUCUUGUUUAUAAAUGGUCACUCACUGUGUUUGGUUACUGUCAAAAAAAAAAAAAUCAAUAAAUGUGUUU